AUUCUGGGCUGAACAGAAUCAUGGACAUUUGGGUUCUGAUGCAGCCAGAAAACAACCGCUCUCGAGGCAUCAAGGACAGCUUCAUCCGUAGGUUCACCCAGCAGAGUCUGGGGGGCUACUUUGGACUGAAGAGUUAAGCUAAAAGAAACAGAGGACCGUGAGUUGGAGGGCAAACUCUCCAUGGUGGAGAAAUACAACAGCCACAUCCCUGAGCUGGUGGAACGCCUCUACGGCUGCACAGAGAGAGAGGCCCAACACGCAGAUUUUAUCCUGGGGACUGUCCAUAAGUCAAAGGGUCUGGAGUUUGACACGGUGGUGAUCACUGAUGACUUUGCUAAGGUUCCUUUUGCCGCCCACAACUUACCUAGACUUUCCAGCUGCUCAGGAGGAGUACUUCCUGAGGACAGAGUUGACCAGCACCCUGCUGACCGAGGGACAGCCCCCAUGCUGCUCCGUGCGGGAGUGUCAUAACCACAUCAUGCCCGUCUGGCCCCUCGCCAUGUGCAAGCUGCCACUCCAAUACGUAAGGCCCCACUUCUUCCUCCCUACCACCAUACCACAUUCGGAUUUGCAAUGUCUCUCAACCAGACCUGAUCAUUUCAGACAGGUGUGGGUGCAGGAGUUCUAAAAGAAUGUCCCACAUUCUGCUAACGGCUAACCAGUCAGACCUGUUAGCCAACUGUAAUAGCUAGUCAGUCGGUCAGAGUGCACAAAGAAGCAGAUGUGUCAUCAGUUUGAGUACUUUGAGGUUUCAACAUAAGCAUCAUCAUAAGUCAUGUCCAUUGUUUCCAUAAAGACACAGAUGCCAAUACUCUAAUGGAAACGGUAAAAACAAGUAUUUGUGGUUAGUUUGGAAUGCAAUUUAAAGUGUAUUAGUGUUUGGAUGGAAUAAGCUGACUUCACACCCGCCAACAAACUGCCAUAUAAGGAAGGAGGAUCAAAACCGAGAGGAUCAAAACCGCAAUGUAUCAUGUGUAAAUUGACUGAGUAACAGAUCUAUACAUAAUAAUGAUUUGUUACUUAUGAUGCAAGGGGAUUUGUAGAUCAGUCGCCUGCAGACGUUUUGAUGCUCUCGAACACAGUCUGUCUCUCCAUGCACAGCUGCAUCCUUACACACACUCACAACUGUGGUUUAAAGAGUUGGAGAGAAGGGGUUUACCAAGAGCAGCUGUUUGGUAACUGGGGGGUGGCAUCGUGUCUUAUGUUUACAUUUGGUCCUGGGAAAAAGUAUACCGUCUCUGCCUCAAAUCCAGAUUCUAUGAAUUUAGGAAUGUCCUGGAUAUGGGAGGGUUUUUCCUUCUACACUGAACAAAAAUAUAAAAGCAUCAUGUAAAGUGUUGGUCCCAUAUUUCAUGAGCUGAAAUAAAAUAUCCCAGAAAAUCUCUAAAUUGUUUUGCACACAUUUGUAUACAUCCCUGUUGUGAGCAAGAUGAUCCUCUCUUCUACUAAGAUGAUCCAUCCACCUGACAAGUAUGGCAUAUCAAGAAGCUGAUUAAACAGCAUGAUCAUUACACAGGUGCACCUUGUGCUAGGGACAAUAAAAGGCUACUCUAAAAUGUACAGUUUCUUCACAACAAAAUGCCACAGAUGUCUCAAGUUUUGAGGGAGCGUUCAAUUGGCUUGCUGACUAGAUGAAUGUCCACCAGAGUUGUUGACUAAAUUUAAUGUUAAUUUCUCUGCCAUAAGCAACCUCCAACGUCGUUUUAGAGAAGAUGGCAGUAUGUCCAACCGGCCUCACAACCACAGACCAAGUGUAACCACGCCAGCUCAGGAUUUCCACAUCUGGCUUCUUCACCUGCGGGGUCGUCUGAGACCAGACACCCGGACAGCUGAUGAAACUGGGUUUGCACAACUGAAGAAUUUCUGCACAAAAUGUCAGAAGCCUUCUCAGGGAAGCUCAUCUGCAUGCUCGUCGUCUUCACCAGGGUCUUGACCUGACUGGCCACUGGCACGCUGGAGAAGUAUGCUCUUCAUGGAUGAAUCCCUGUUUCAACUGUACCAGGCAGAUGGGGGUGAGUGGUUUGCUCAUGUCAACAUUGUGAACAGAGUGACCCAUGGUGGUGGUGGAGUUAUGGUAUGGGCAGGCAUAAGCCAUGGACAACGAACACAAUUUAAUUUUAUCGAUGGCAAUUUGAAUGCACAGAGAUACUGUGACCAGAUCCUGAGGCACAUUGUCAUGCCAUUCAUCCAACGCCAUCACCUCGUGUUUCAGCAUGAUCAUGCGCGGCCCCAUGUCGCAAGGAUCUGUACACAAUUCCUUGAAAGCUGAAAAUGUCCCAGUUCUUCCAUGGCCUGCAUACUCAACAGACAUGUCACCCAUUGAGCAUAUUUGGGAUGCUCUGGAUCGACACGUGCGACAGCAUGUUUCAGUUCCGACAAUAUCCAGCAACUUUGCAGUCAUUGAAGAGGAGUGGGACAACAUUCCACAGGCCACAAUCAACAGCCUGAUCAACUCUAUGUGAAGGAGAUGUUUUGCGCUGCAUGAGGCAAAUGUUGGUCACAGCAGAUACUGACUGGUUUUCUGAUCCACGCUCCUACCUUUAUUUUAAAAGGUAUCUGUGAACAACAGAUGCAGAUCUGUAUUCCUCAGUCAUGUGAAAUCCAUAGAUUAGGGCCUCAUGAAUUUAUUUCAAUUGACUGAUUUCCUUAUAUGAACUGUAACUCAGUCAAAUCUUGAAAUUGUUGCAUUAUAUGUGUAUGUCCUUAACGUCACGUUUUGGUCUUGCCAGAACUUGACUACUCUCGGGUGAAUCUAUCAGACCAGUGAAACAAAGUACCAUCGAUCUAAUGAACAGUUAAUAUUUAGACAGAAACCCGUCUGGAAGAUGGUUGUCCGGGGAAUUCUGACUCACACAAGCUUAUAUAGAUCAUCACACACAUUCCUACUUAUGACAGGAAAUCAAGGUUGUCUGGUAUGUUCCAGAGUGAUCAUAUGUGUGCAAGAAUACACCGCAGAAACAAGUAGGACGCCACUGGCACCACUUCAUGUUUAUUAGGGAAAGGUGCAAUCUUCCCGAUUUUGUACAAUUUCAACCUCUUAGCACUGCACACAAAUAUAGCCCAAACUGUAAAUUUCUCACACAUUUGCACGCACGUACAUGGAUGUAACUACAAAUGUAUUUAUUCAACAUUUUGCACGAUGAAAUAUCUUGAGUGGAACCAUCUCGUUUUCAAGUGUCCAAAUGAAAAAACUCAACUUAACAACUAUAAUAAUACAGCACCUACUGUCUAACAAUAAUAAUAAAACAUGCAUAUAACUUACAUAACAAUACAAAUAAAGACAUGCAUAUAACUUACAUAACAAUACAAAUAAAAACAUGAAAUUAUCUUCACAUGGUGAUGUUUCGAUUAGUUAAAAACAGUUUGUUCUUAACAUUUGAAAAAGGGCUUUCUUAAAUUCACUGUGUAAUUUUAAUACCCUGAUUUCAAUGGGUGAAUUAUUCCAGUCAGUUGGGCCUUUGUAUCUGAAAGAUAAUCCAAACUCAUGUUUAUUGCUGCUGUUGUCUAAAGGUGUAAUAUGAGUCUUGUAAAAUUAGGUGUUCCUUUAAUAGACAGUACCAGUCAAAAGUUUGGACAAACCUAUUUGUAGCCUAGUGGUUAGAGCGUUGGACUAGUAACCGAAAGGUUGCAAGUUCAAACCCCCGAGCUGACAAGGUACAAAUCUGUCGUUCUGCCCCUGAACAGACAGUUAACCCACUGUUCCUAUGCCGUCAUUGAAAAUAAGAAUUUGUUCUUAACUGACUUGCCUAGUAAAAAAAAAAAUUCAAGGUUUUUCUUUAAUAAUAACAAGAGAACUAAUGUAAAACAUACCUUGCCAGUAAAACGUAUAUAGGUUAAGAACUUAUGUGGAAGAGCAUAGUUAGAAAGACAUGGCUAAUAGAAAUCAAACCGUAUGGACAUCAGAAAUAGAUGGGAGAAGUUGAGGACGGACAGGAGUAAAAACAAACAAAAUAGAACUAUUGUAAAAUAAAAUGUAGUUUGUAUAAGCUGUAAAAACAGGCCUAAGCUUUGUUGUUGACUAUUUUUCUCCAAUUGGGGAAGGGGUGAUAGGGUUGGAGGGUAAUAAAGGAAAAAACAUUUUUUAAAUGUAAAGGUGUGUAUAUGUGUGUGUGUGUGUGUGUGUGUGUGUGUGUGUGUGUGUGUGUGUGUGUGUGUGUGUGUGUGUGUGUGUGUGUGUAUAUAUACAGUGCCUUGCGAAAGUAUUCG